AUGAAAUUUAUUUUUUUUAUUGUUUUUAUACCGACAAUUUUAUCAUUGUCAUAUAAUGAUGUUACAAUUGAUUCUGAUGAUGCUUGUUGGUCAAAUGAGAAUAAUAGUACAAUAGAAAAAAAAUAUGCUAUUCUAGUACACUUUUCAUCUCAAAUUGCUUAUGGAAAAGAUAAUUGUUCCGUACAUAUAACCAAUCCUUGGUUACGAAAUAUGCAAAAUGGAUUUGGUUUAUUUCUACCACGGCAAAUGGAUUGUUCAUCAACUCUUAUAGUUGAUUGUCUUCCUGAUGCUACUUUAAUUAAUCAAACAAAACCAUUACCAGUACAAUUUACAUGUCAUACAAGUGCAAAUAAAAUUACAAUGCCUUGUAGUUCAAUUAGUUUAACAUUUAAAAGAAAUCUAAAAAUGUCAGAAAUAAAAAAGACAACACUUGUACAAGUUGUUGCAUUAGCUAAAAAACCUUGUCUUGAUGAUGAUAUUUUUUUUCAAUGUCCUAAAGAUUAUCCUAAUUCAUGUAUUGAUAAAACAUUGAAAUGUAAUGGACGAUCUGAAUGUCCAAGUGGAGAUGAUGAACAUAAUUGUCAUGUUACAUCUGACAAUGGUUUUUCAAUAAUUGCAUUUUGUCUAAUAAUAUUGGCAGUUUUGUUUCUUAUUUGUGUUUUAUCAACAGUUUGUAUAUGCUGUUGUUGUCGAGCAGCAUUUAAUCGAAUAAUUCGACGUUUUCGUUCUAGUCAAGGAAAUAAAUCUAGUCAAAAAGACAUUACUAGAACAACUGGUGAAGAUGCUGUUUUAAUGAAAGAACUUACAGCAUCGACAGCUGCUGUAGAAGUUUCAUCUCAACAACGUAUUGAACCUGCACCAUUAAUCAUUGAUUCAACUAAACCAAUUUAUCCUCGUUUGGAAUAA